UCAAAUAGGAUUGUGGCUGUGGUUGAACUGCCUAACGGCGGCGUACACUGCGCCAGGCAUCCUUAUAUAUUUAUACACGGGAAUAAAGAACGUGUAAGACCGGAAUACACGUACGUUGAGUACAAUGUAGUACGGGGUGGCGGCGAAGGUGGAAGAUCGGGAAAGCGCAGCCGCGAAAACGACUCGUAAGGUUGGAGGGUUAGCACCCGGCACGGCACCGGAGUACCGGACAGAGCUAGCUCGUCCGUUAUCAAGGCACGACUCAAAAGUUUACGCGGCGCUUCCACUCCUGUCGAAUCCACCUGAGUUUUCAGUCACAAAGAUUCUUUCAAUUCUUUAAAGAAAUCGAAACUUCAGCGAAUCGAAGUUCGUUGAUUUUUGUCGAAAAAUUUGAUUAGAAUUUUCUCGUAAUAUUUCGUCAUCCAACGAUUUGAACUUGAAAUAUUGAAACCGGCUUUCAAAGGCAAUCGAAACAGCAUUUCGAGGUCCGACAACAGCGGGAGAUUCACCGAUUUUCAUCCACGCUGCAUCUUCGCUUUGGUCGACGAAUAAGUACUUUGAUCACCGAUGAUGAAGAGUCGCCAUCAAUUCCGCAGGCGUUUCAGUCUGCAGCCCUCGUCCUUGAAGGAGGGUCAGGAGGAGAGUCCGACAAAAACGGUUCGGAAUGAGAGGCUCUCGGAAUCGGAGACCGAUGGAAAGCCGGCGGAGGGUCCGGUUCGCCACAAAAUAGUGGUCAUGGGAGCGGCUAAGGUCGGAAAAUCCGCGAUCAUAAAUCAGUUUUUGUACAACACGUUCUCGCCGAAGUACAAAAGGACCGUCGAGGAAAUGCAUCACGGUGAUUUCAACGUGUCCGGUAUACAGUUGACCCUCGAUAUUCUCGACACUUCCGGCUCUUACGACUUUCCCGCGAUGAGGGAACUCUCAAUAAGAUCAGCGGACGCUUUCGUCCUCGUUUAUGACGUCAACGACGUUUCUACAUUCGAGGACGUCCAGGCUCUGCGUGCUCAGAUUCUCAACAUCAAAGGCGUAGUUCCGAUCGUUGUAGUCGGCAACAAGGUCGACCUCGUCCUUGAGGACGACGAGGAGCUGGCAGGCGAGUUUCAGGUGAACACUCAGCGAACGAGGGAGCUCGUCAUCACGGAAUGGGACAACGGAUUUGUCGAGGUGUCAGCCAAGAAGAACAUCAACAUAAACCAAGUGUUUAAAGAAUUGCUUGUACAAGCAAAGCUCAAGUACAAUUUGAGUCCGGCGUUGAGACGCAGGCGUCGACAAUCUUUGCCACCGCCUCAACAUCUGAGUUCUCGAAGUAGCAGCGCUCACGUACCGUCCGCAACUCAAUUGCAGCAUCUCCAGCAGAUUCGCGAGCGACACGAGGGCAAGAGAAAUUCUUGCAUUCUCUCGUAAGCAGAAAAAACCAUGAAAAUGAGCUGUAAACGUAAAAAUGAAAGGGAUGAAAAGAAAAACGACCAAAUUCAAGAGAGAGAGAGAGAGAGAGAGAGAGAGAGAGAGAAAAAUAAUAAUCGAAAGAUAUUUUUCGAGUUGGACAAACGACUCGGAACCUUCAAAAUUCCGUCGAUCCCAUGACCCAUUUCACUAAAUCUUGCAGUCGGCGAUUUUUGAGGUUGACCACAAUUACGAUAAAAAAGCAACAAUAUAUCGCAGGCCACGAUGUUCCUCAGCAUUCUCGCAAAAUAAAAUACAAAUGGCAUUCCAUCGUAGAUAAAGAAACUUAAAUAUUAAUAACUGUUCAUUCCAAUUCAAGAAGAAAUGAAAAAAAAAAAAUGAUGAAAAAUAACUAUACAACAAAAUAAUCGUCAAUAUUUUUCCUCCGCAUCGAAUUUCGAUUGCCUCUUUACCUUCUAUAGUACUGUUUCAUUAAAUGUAAUUAAAUGAGCUCUAAAAAUACAGUGUGAAAAUCGUAAAUGGCGCCAAUCUAACUUUUCCAAGUCACAUUAUUUUCUGUUUUAUCCAAAACGAAAGAAACUUUGUUACGAAUUCAUUUCCAGAAUUUACUUCUCUAUAGCACUUUCUUUUUCCAGAUUCUUUGAUUUUUUCAUUCUUUUACUCAUUCACGAAAAAAUUUUACAAAACUAUUUUUUCAUAAGAAUUUACAGAUUUUUUGUUGAAAGAGUAAAAAAAAAAAAAAAGAAAAAAUUCCUCGACAUUGUGCAAUUGAUAAAAGUUCCGGUCCUACUUCAAAUGCAGUAUUAUGAUAAUUAAAAAUAUACGUCUCUGAGAAUAAAUGUAAAUCUAUUAUAUUAAAAAUAUAUAAAUGAAAUACAAAUAUAUUAUAUAUAAAUGUAUGAGAAAAAUAUGUGGAGGAAGAGAAAAAUUUGGGGUAUAUGUAAAUAGCUAAUAUAUUAUACAAUAAUUAAAUGAAAAAAUGAAAAAAAAAAAAAAAAAAUGAUGUAAUGAAGAAAAAAUGUCUAUCGUCGUUUAUCUCGAGACCCAUAUUGGGUCCAAUUUUACAUGGCUGGAUUUUAAGUUAUAUUAAGUUCUCUAACGUGGCACCAAUUGUAUUGUAUUUUGGCUCAAGCCGUCUAAAAAUUAUGGAAAAUAAACGAAAAAUCGGUGUA